AUGUGUGACCAGCAGAAGCAGGCGCAGUUCCCUCCAUCUUGUGUGAAGGGUUCGGGAUUGGGGGCUGUGCAAAGUACCACAGUUACCUCUGUGAAAUGCCCAGCUCCAUGCCCAACCCCGUGCGCAACUCAAACCUGCGUGAAAUGCCCAGCUCCAUGCGUAACCCAAACCUAUGUGGCAUGCCCAGCUCCCUGCCAGACGACCUACGUGAAAUGCCCAGCUCCAUGUGCAACUCAAACCUGCGUGAAAUGCCCAGCUCCAUGCCCAACCCAAACCUAUGUGGCAUGCCCAGCUCCAUGCCAGACAACCUACGUGAAAUGCCCAGCUCCGUGCCCAACUCAAACUUAUGUGAAAUGUGCUGCUCCCUGCCAGACGUAUGUGAAGUGCCCAGCUCCGUGCCAGACGACCUACGUGAAAUGCCCAGCUCCCUGCCAGACCAAGACAUACUAUGUCCAGUACCCUUCUCCUAGCCAGACCUACUAUGUUCAGUCUUCUGGAAGUGGCUCUGCCGCCCAGUCCUGUGUCCCUGAUCCAUGCUCUGCUCCCUGUUCCACCAGCUACUGCUGCCUGGCUCCCCGGACCUUCGGGGUGAGUCCCCUGAGACGCUGGGUCCAGCGGCCCCAGGACUGCAACUCAGGAUCAUCUGGCUGCUGUGAGGAUUCCGGGUGCUGCAGCUCUGGGUGCUGCAGCUCUGGGUGCUGCAGCUCUGGCUGCUGCUCUGGGUGCUGCUGCUUGGGAAUUAUCCCCAUGAGUUCCCGAGGUCCCGCGUGCUGUCACCGCAACGAUGACUGCUGCUGUUAA